UUAAGCAGAACGGGGGGUUUUAGAGUUCAGACCGACUUUCUCCUCUCGCGUCACCGCAACGACAAUGGCCACAACUCCCGACCUCGAACCUACGAACUUGGAGCGAUAUGAAUCCAUGGACGAUUCAGAGGAGGACGAAGAAGAGCUCGGUGGUUGGGACGAGGACGAAGACGAAGACGAGGACGAAGAGUCCAGCUCGAGCUUCCUCUGCUUGUUCUGCGAGACCGUGUACGGCUCCUGCGCUUCCCUGUUCGAUCACUGCUCUUCGGCCCACCACUUCGAUUUCGAUGGCAUUAGGAAGGCCUUGGGGCUGGACUUCUACGGCUCGUUCAAGCUCGUCAACUAUGUCCGCUCGCAGGUGGCUAAAAACCGGUGUUGGAGCUGCGGGUCGGAAUGCACCUCGAAUCAAGAUUUGCUGAAUCAUUCACAUGAAGCAUAUUCUGUGGAAGAUGUUAAACUUCGUAUAGACGACGAUGAAUAUCUCAAACCCUUCCUUGAAGAGGAUCCACUCCUGUACAGCUUUGAUGAAGACGAAGUGGGAGAAGAUGACUCUUCUACGUUGGUCGACAAAGAGGAACUUGUGAAGGACUUGAGGGAACUUGCGAAGGACUGGAGGGAAAUUGAGGGUAUCUCCUCGAACUUUGAGUUGCCUGUUGACGAGGCUGCAUCUUCUUCUGAACCUACAAAGGGAGGCGGAUGUCGAGAUGUUGCAUCAACUUCCAACGGUAAAACAGAGACAGCUGGUUCUAUGAAUUCCUGUAACCCCCUGAGAGGGGCAACUUUUCUGCCGAAGGAAAUGGGAAGUGAUCUGAAAAUAAGAGCAGAAGUCAGAUCGUCCAAUGGUAAUUAUGAAAAUGGGAAAGAAGGAAAUUGGUUGAAAAGGCGUACUGCAAACGAUGUCAGGUCUGUGAACGAGAACUAUUUUGGGGCUUACAGUUCAUUUGGCAUCCACAGGGAGAUGAUCAGUGACAAGGUGAGAAUGGACGCGUAUAGCCAAGCUAUCCUGAGGAAUCCUUCUCUCGUGAGUGGUGCUGUUGUAAUGGAUGUAGGAUGUGGAACUGGUAUUCUAAGCUUAUUUGCUGCUCAAGCUGGGGCCUCAAAAGUGAUUGCAAUUGAAGCCAGUGAGAAGAUGGCUGGUGUAGCUACUCAGAUUGCAAAAGACAAUGGCCUCUGGCGGAGUGGGAGACCAGAUGGAUGUAAUGAUAGUUGCAAAGGUGUCGUGGAAGUUGUUCAUAGCAUGGUUGAAGAGCUUGAUAAAUCCAUACAAAUCCAACCUCAUUCUGUGGAUGUGCUAAUCAGUGAGUGGAUGGGAUAUUGCUUACUAUACGAGUCCAUGUUAAACUCAGUCCUAUAUGCACGGGAUCGAUGGCUGAAGCCAGGAGGUGCCAUACUCCCUGACACUGCAACUAUAUUUGCUGCAGGAUUUGGAAAAGGUGCGACGAGUAUUCCUUUUUGGGAAGAUGUCUACAGCUUCAAUAUGUCUUGCAUUGGCAAGGAAAUUGUUGAAGAUGCUGCUCGAUAUCCUAUAGUUGAUGUUGUGAAUGAUGCUGAUCUAGUCACUGAUGCAGUUCUUCUUCAGGCUUUUGACCUUGUUACAAUGAAGCCUGAUGAAGUGGAUUUUACAUCAAAUAUCGAGAUAGUACCAAAAUCGGCUGGUCUGGCAGACAAAGAUGGCAAACCAACCUGGUGCUAUGGCGUUGUUUUGUGGUUUGAGACUGGGUUUACCAGCAGGUUUUGCAAGGAUUUUCCAGCCGUAUUAUCCACUUCCCCAGCUACCCCUAAAACUCAUUGGGCGCAGACAAUCUUGACGUUUCGUGAACCUAUUGCAAUGUCAUCGACGAGGCCCUGUGCUGACAGGCUUGCUCCAGUUGGUACUGAUGCCUGUCCUGCCGAGAAAAUUCGCUUAAGAGUAAGCAUAGCACGUGCUCCCGAGCAUCGCAGCAUCGACAUAUCACUGGAGGCUGUUGGUAUUGACCUGGCUGGUAGGAAGAGAAGUUGGCCUGUGCAAAUAUUUAAUCUGUGUUAGGAAUUGAAUGUACCGAUGAUGUCCAUGAUUCAGGCCUUGUUCCCUCUUCUUUGAAGCCUGGAAGGCUUAAAAUUUUGUCUUUAUAGCAUGAAGCACUUAAUCAUUUUUGUUUUUCUGCUAAUUGCUUGAAAAGAGAGUUGUUUCUUGGAAA